GUAAGUUUCGAUGAGCACGCUACAACCUGCGCCGGCGCAACCUUUUCAAAGAAAAUAUCAGUCGCCUACUAUCCACCAUAGCGAUUUAACGUCUGCCUGAACAGUUAUAGUAUAUUAUCGCGUGUGUUCUGUUAUUGUGAUAUAUCCAGGACGAAAGAUUUCACAUUAGAAUAGUUUACAAUAAAAUGCUGGAAAACCUUUCAUGACAGCCGGCCGGAAGUGACAAAGAGGAAAAUUAAAAUGGCGGUCUCAAAUAACUCGAUCGCGAAAACAUACCAUCGUUUAUUUGUAGAAUUGGCCGAUCCUCGAACAAACGACUGGUUUCUGAUCACCAGUCCAUUCCCAGGGUUGACGAUAAUCGGCCUGUAUUUGUAUUUCACAUUGAAAUGGGGUCCUCGGUACAUGGCGGACAAAAAACCCUUCCAGUUACAGAAGACAUUGGUGGUUUAUAAUUUCUUACAAGUUUUAAUCAGUUGCUGGUUGUUUUACGAGGGCCUCGACGCUGGUUGGUUGAGGACCUACAGUUGGAAAUGUCAACCAGUCGAUUUUUCGACUACCCCUGAAGCCCUCCGGGUAGCAAGAGGCGUCUAUAUUUACUUCCUGGCAAAGAUAUCAGAACUUCUAGAUACUGUAUUCUUCGUGAUCAGGAAAAAAGAGAAACAGAUCACGUUUCUGCAUAUGUAUCACCACACUGUGAUGCCCAUGAUAUCAUGGGGUGCUACUAAGUACUACCCCGGGGGUCAUGGGACACUGAUCGGAGUAAUGAACUCCUUUGUGCACAUCGUUAUGUACAUGUAUUACAUGCUAGCGGCCAUGGGACCCCAUCUACAGAAAUAUUUGUUCUGGAAGAAAUACAUAACAACUCUCCAAAUGCUCCAGUUCUGCAUUGCAUUCAUCCAUUCUUCUCAACUUCUCUUCUAUGAAUGCGGGUACCCUCGCUGGUCCGUCGUCUUCACUCUACCCAACUCCAUUUUCUUCUACUAUCUCUUCUACGAUUUCUACUAUAAGGCUUACGGAAAAACCGGCAAGAAAGACAAGAAAGACACCAAUGGUGCCAUAUCAAAUGGAAAUGUAAAUGGAGUCGGGAAUACAGACAAAAAGAUUGAUUAAUUAUUUUUUUUCAUUUUGAGCGUAUUGUAAAUAUUAGGUCAGAUGUACAGUGCUGUCUUCCUCUUUAAAACUAUGAUGGUAAUAGUUUAAGAGUUGCCAGAAAUAUAAUUAUUUCAAAAUUUGAAUAAAAUGCUACAUUUUCUUGCUAUAAUAGUUAUAGCCGCUAUUUUUUUUUAAAGUAAGAAUUGCAUUAAUUUUAGUCAAACUUAGUUACCAACUGAAGGAUCAAAAUUUAAUGAAAGUCAAUUUUUAAGAGUUCUAUUGUAUUAUCGUGAGUUAUUUAGAGCUAUUUUAUUUUUGGUCACAUUUAUCAAUAAUUUAUAUAGCUUGUACUUAAUAUUAUUCAUAGGGAUGUGGUCUAAGAAAAAUCUUUAUCUGUUAUUGGAUAAAUAUUUUUUUGUAGAUCGCAUUUAAUAUAAACUAAUAACAAUCUGUAUAUAAAUAUGUACAUUAUUACUAAAUAGUCUUAGCGAUUUGCUCAAAAAAACAAGUCUCUUCCAUUUUUAAAAUAUUUUUAAUAUUCUACGAGUUAUAUUGAGAAAUGUGUAUUACAAAAAUAUAUGAAUGAACACCUUAACAUAACCCUAUUGAAUUUUUAAGUUUCAAGGAUAUGAUAAAUCGUAUACCGUUAUUGUGUAUAUGAAAACUAUCUUUGAAAAAAUAAAUUUUCAAAAAAAAUAAAA